UCAGGCUCGGACAGAGGACAGCACCAUGGAGGACGGAAACCAGGGCCGAGAGAAGGCGAAGGGACGGGACAGAGACAUCGACCUCGUCAACAGGGAUCCAAAGCAGAUCAAUGAAGACGUGAUCAAGGUCAACUUUGAAGACGUGAUCGCCGAGCCCGCAGGCACACACAGUCUGGACAGGGUGUGGACGACCAGCGCCGCCACCUUCACUGUGGCCAAGUUCUGCUGUUACCGCUGCCUGACGGCCAUCUUGGGUGUCCCCCUGUCGUUGAUCUGGGGCUUCCUGUUUGCUUGUAUUUCAUUCUGCCACAUCUGGGCUGUGGUUCCGUGUAUCAAGAGCUGUUCGAUGGAGUCACAGUGUCUGGGUCGGAUCUACUCACUGGUUCUUCACACCUUCGUCAGCCCCAUCUUUGAGUCGGUGGGGAAGAUGUACAGCGGUGUAAAAGUGGUUUUGCGCAAGGAAGUAUAAGUCCUGAGUACUGAGAGUACUGCAUGAUAGAGUUUUUCUGGUUUAAGCCUAUAAUUGUAUUUCUAUAAAGAUAUGAAAACCUAAAACAAUCAAUGACUGUAUUUAAUUUAAAAGGUUUUAUUUUAGGAGGAUAUUUAUAUCUUUCAAAUUCGUUAAUAAUUUUUACAUCUGUCAAAAUAACAAAAUAAGAAACGACCGUUUCGUUUUAAAUCCUUCAUGCUGCGAGAUAAACGAAACGAAAUUGGUGGAGUAAUCAUUUUGGCCACAAGGGGGAACUAUUAUUGUAGUUUGAAACCAACCAUGGGUCAACGUACCAAAAAAAAAAAAAAAAA